CGUAUGAUCUCUGUGGUUUAGAAAUCCCACGUUCCACUGUUGUCAGAGAAAAGUUGCCUUAAACCUUUGCCCUGCAAGCACCAGAAGAGCGCUCAUAAAAAGGAAGACAGCAGCAGAUGCAAUCACGGAUGUGGCUUAGUCCUCACAGCUGCCCCGAGAGCUGUUCAGAGCGUACGAGAGCCUCAGUCAUGAAUCCAGAGGAACGCGUUGUGACAUGGCUUAUAUCUUUGGGAGUUCUAGAGUCCCCGAAAAAGACCAUCUGUGAUCCAGAGGAGUUCUUGAAGUCCUCGCUGAAAAAUGGGGUAGUGUUGUGCAAACUCAUAAACAGACUUCUGCCUGGCUCGGUGGAGAAGUAUUGUCUGGAACCCCAAACUGAAGCCGAUUGCAUCGACAACAUCAAUGACUUCCUGAAAGGAUGCGCAACCCUUCAAGUGGAAGUAUUUGAGCCUGAUGACCUCUAUUCAGGGGCCAAUUUCUCCAAAGUUCUGAAUACUCUUUUAGCUGUCAACAAAGCAACAGAAGAUCAGCUCUCAGAAAGGCCAUGUGGACGGUCCUCUUCUCUUAGUGCUACAACCAGCUCUCAGACAACCCCACAGGCGGCUGUUCCCAGCACAACUCCAGAGCAGCAAAGUGAGGAAAAGGCAGUGGAGAUGACGGAAAAUGGAAGUCACCAGUUGAUAGUAAAGGCAAGAUUCAACUUCAAGCAGACUAAUGAAGAUGAAUUGUCAGUGUGUAAAGGCGACAUCAUUUAUGUCACUCGAGUUGAAGAAGGAGGCUGGUGGGAAGGCACAUUAAAUGGAAGAACUGGAUGGUUCCCUAGUAAUUAUGUCCGAGAAAUUAAGCCCAGUGAGAGACCUCUGUCCCCUAAGGCUGUCAAAGGAUUUGACACUGCUCCACUUACCAAGAAUUACUACACUGUGGUGUUACAGAACAUCUUGGACACUGAAAAAGAAUAUGCCAAAGAACUUCAGUCUCUUCUUGUUACUUACCUAAGACCCUUGCAGUCUAAUAACAACCUGAGUACUGUGGAGUUUACAUGUUUACUGGGAAACUUUGAAGAAGUAUGCAGCUUUCAACAGACCCUCUGCCAAGCCCUGGAAGAAUGUGCGAAGUUUCCAGAAAACCAGCACAAAGUAGGAGGCUGCCUACUGAACCUCAUGCCUCAUUUUAAAUCGAUGUACCUGGCUUACUGUGCAAAUCAUCCUUCAGCUGUCAACGUGCUCACCCAGCACAGUGAUGAUCUAGAACGAUUCAUGGAAAAUCAAGGUGCAUCCAGCCCUGGUAUCCUCAUUCUAACAACCAGUCUCAGCAAACCAUUCAUGCGCCUGGAAAAGUAUGUUACUCUCUUGCAAGAGCUGGAACGGCAUAUGGAGGACACUCAUCCAGAUCAUCAGGAUAUUCUGAAAGCAAUCAUAGCGUUCAAAACACUCAUGGGGCAGUGCCAAGAUCUGAGAAAGAGAAAGCAGCUGGAAUUGCAGAUCCUUUCAGAACCUAUUCAGGCAUGGGAAGGAGAUGAUAUUAAGACUUUGGGAAACGUGAUCUUUAUGUCACAAGUAGUGAUGCAAUAUGGGGCCUGUGAGGAAAAAGAGGAACGAUAUUUUCUGCUGUUUUCAAGUGUCUUGAUAAUGUUGUCUGCAAGUCCUCGGAUGAGUGGCUUUAUGUAUCAGGGAAAAAUACCAAUAGCAGGGAUGGUAGUGACCAGAUUGGAUGAAAUUGAAGGCAAUGACUGCACAUUCGAAAUCACAGGUAGCACAGUAGAGAGAAUUGUGAUCCACUGCAACAAUAACCAGGACUUCCAGGAGUGGAUGGAGCAUCUGAACAGACUGACCAAAGGACCAGCCUCUUGCAGUUCAUUGUCUAAGACCUCCUCAUCAUCAUGUAGUACUCAUUCUUCUUUUAGCUCUACUGGACAGCCCCGAGGACCCUUGGAGCCUCCUCAAAUUAUAAAACCGUGGAGUUUAAGUUGCCUACGACCUGCACCUCCACUUAGACCAUCAGCAGCACUAGGUUAUAAAGAGAGGAUGUCUUAUAUCUUAAAGGAAUCUAGUAAGAGCCCCAAAACGAUGAAGAAGUUUCUUCACAAAAGAAAGACGGAGAGAAAAGCAUCUGAGGAAGAAUACGUGAUUAGGAAAAGCGCUGCUGCCCUGGAAGAAGACGCUCAGAUUCUUAAGGUGAUUGAAGCUUAUUGCACCAGUGCCAGUUUUCAACCAGGUACUCGUAAAGAUUCUGUUCCACAAGUACUGCUCCCGGAGGAAGAGAAACUCAUUAUUGAAGAAACCAGAAGUAAUGGGCAGACAAUCAUUGAAGAGAAGAGCCUUGUUGAUACUGUCUAUGCCUUGAAGGAUGAGGUCAAAGAACUGAAGCAGGAGAAUAAAAAAAUGAAGCAAUGCCUGGAAGAAGAAUUGAAGUCGAGGAAGGACCUAGAAAAACUGGUCCGGAAGCUGUUGAAGCAAACAGAUGAAUGCAUUCGAGCUGAAUCCAGCAGCAAGACCUCGAUUCUCCAGUAACCAUCGCUGUGCAGCUGAGCACAGUGCCUUCAGCACUUGUUAAAAUGGCCAGCUGAAUAGUUUCACUGUGCAUUUGAGCUUUGUGCUUUGUGGUGUUGGGAUUCUUUCUCUUUCUUCUUCCCUCCUUCCCCCUCUCCUCCCCCCUCCACUGUUUGAUUCAGUGUUUGUUGCUUGUUUAUCAGUUGAUUGACAUUUGUUUUAACGAGAAAUCGCCUGACAAAGUGGCAUAAAAGGCCCCACUACUUUGCUAUGCCCAACAGCCCAUUACUACCUAAUUCGCUGGAGGCUAAGCUUCUCAGGCUAUGUCUAGAGUAGGUGAAAAUGAACACCUUUGCCCAGUGACCCAGCCGCACUUCCCUUGACUGUCAUAUGGCCCCCUUCAGUACUUUAAGAACUUAAUGCCCACGUUGUCUGUUGAGAUAAAGAACAGUGUAGUGCCCUUAUACCCUCUGUGCUGGUGUCCCUUUAAAGUCAAUGUGGUAGGAACCCCAACCAUCCACACCAAUACCAAGUCUAUCAGCAAAUUGCUUCAGGCAGUUCUCCCUCAGCAGCAGGGCAGAGCAGCUUGAUGGAGCACAUAUCCCUAAUGUAGUGUAGCUUUACAGCCCAGCCCUCUGCCUCUACUUAAGUUUUCUACCUCCCUCCAUCCCUGUGCUUUUGGCCAGCCACAAAAAGUGGGGUGUAAACUAUCAUGGAUUUGCUUUGCUUAUUUUGUCAAACAGUUACUAUGAGCAGUGACUUUACUUUGAAUAUUCCAAUGACAAUCUUUUCACCUUUCUAAACAACCUGGGUGAGAAGAUAUUAUGCCCUAGUACCUUCCAUCCCAUCUCACCAAGCUCUGGUUUCUACAGUGAGAAGUUAGACUUAUCAUUGGCCUCUAGUAUGAUGAGCCGGAUUAUAGAUCCUGAGUUAAAGAACCCCUCAUAGCUGAACAGGUUGUCAGUGAAGGCUGAUUGUUUGAAACUAGUUUGCUCAAGUUGUUUAUAAUGUCAACCCAUUGACUUUCUAAGUGGUCCAGAAAAGUGACCUGUGAGAAAUCAGAUUUUGGAGAGCCCCAGAAGAACACUGUAUACCUAAAGUCAACACAAGUCAAAAUGGGCCAAGGAUAGUGGAGCACAGCUCUCACCUACCUCCUCAGAUGACAGGACAACUUGGCCAGAUGGCAAAGUCACUUGAAAUAGAUGUAGAAUGCCAACCAAAAGCUUAUGUGUAUAUUUGCUUGGGCUCUGUAAGUGCUGUUUCAAAACCAACCUCGAGGCCUAAAAGCUUGUUGAGGAGCCCUUUUUCUUUGUGGUAUGGAGGCUCUCACAGUUUCCAUAAUUUCAUGGUACAGUACUAUUAUCUCAUGUUACAUGACUGACAUUCUAGCACCCACAGGAUAUGGAGUAUUCCUGAAGUCCAACCUCAGACAAUCACAGACAGCUAUCUUUGCCAGCUUAGAGAGUAAAGGUUUCUAAGAACGGCUGGUCUGUUUCUAAACCCAGAGAUUUCUAUGAGACAUCUUUCAUGUAAAAAAUUUUUACAAAAGGAAUAACAGUAGCAACCCAGAUGUUCCCAUGUUUUCUGUAUGUGCUUAGUCAAUAGUUGGCAAUCAAUGUGCAAAAUUUUGUCCAUAGGAAAAACACUUUUGUGGUCACCAAAUAAUUUAGUUCAUUGCUUAAGACACGGAAAGGUCUCAUAAAGGAUGUGUACAUAUGCAUGUUUGGGGACUUUGCCCUUCUGAGGAGAGGCCCUUGGUACUCUGGAUAAUGAAACUUGUGCAGUGGGCUGCCCAUGCUUACACUCUAAAUAAUAUAAAGGAAAUGAAGCCAUGUUAACCCCAUAGUCAUGUCUCCAUAGUUGCGUUGUUUACAAUUCUCUGGAAGUAAACUGCUGCCCUUAGGGGCCUUUCAGUUUCCCCUCUGUUAUGUCCCUUCUUAUAGGAGCUCAGAUUUUCUAAACUUGUUUUUAUUUUAAAGACUUUUAAAAUGGACAUUUUCAAUAAACAAGAAUAAACAGUGCUUUAUAAAUAA